CACCAUUAAUGCUCUGGUAAUAUGUCAAAUCAAAGAUAUUGUAUGUUUCAGAUGUAAUGGUGUAGAACAUUUCAUUCUGAAAAUUAUUGACAAGUUACCUGACAUGGAAAUGAUCAUCAAUGUUCAUGACUAUCCACAGGUAUUAUCCAUCAUCCACACUGAUCAUUUUCAUUACAUAUUCAGUGGCAAAAUCCUGUGGAUUUAAUUACCUCUGUCAGUAGUUUAAUUCCUUUAAGCUUAAGUUAAUUUUGAUUUCUUAUUUGUCUUAAGACAACCAAAUGGAUGGAACCAGUUCCUGUGUUUUCAUUUAGCAAGGUGAGUGCUGGCUGCAAAUAGAAAUACAAUUGUUGCAAUCAUCACCACUGUGAUCAUUAUAACCAUUUUCAUACCACCAUCAUAAUUGUCACCAUUGUUAUCACCAUCCCCACAUCAUCAUUAUCAUUAUCCCCACCAUCAUUAUCACUAUCCCCACCAUCAUCAUCAUUACCAUCAUCACUAUCAUCACCAUUAUCACAAUUAUCACCAACAUCAUCAUCACCAUCAACCACCAUCAUCAUUAGUCAUACCAUUAUCCCCAUCAUCAAUACUAUGUACUAUACCAUUGACACCACCACCAUCAUCAUCACCAUUACUACCAUCAUCACCACCAUGACUACCACCAUCAUCACUAUCACAAUUAUCACCAACAUCACCACCAUCAUCACCAUCAACCACCAUCAUCAUUAGUCAUUACCAUUAUCCCCAUCAUCAAUACUAUGUACUAUACCAUUGACACCACCACCAUCAUCAUCACCAUUACUACCAUCAUCACCACCAUGACUACCACCAUCAUCACUAUCACAAUUAUCACCAACAUCACCACCAUCAUCACCAUCAACCACCAUCAUCAUUAGUCAUUACCAUUAUCCCCAUCAUCACCAUUACUAUCAUCAUCACCAUUGACACCACCACCAUCAUCAUCAUCAUUACUACAAUCAUUAUCACCAUCAUGACACCACCAUCAUUAUCACUAUCGCCAUCACUUACCAUCAUAAAUCCUGUAUUAUACAAUUUAUAUUCUAGACAAAGAAUGAGUAUGACAUAAUGUAUCCAGCAUGGACGUUCUGGGAAGGAGGACCGGCUGUGUGGCCAAUUUAUCCCACUGGUUUGGGAAGAUGGGAUCUGAUGAGGACAGACUUGGAAAAGUGAGUAAAGUGAUGUCAUUGAUAUGCUGUUUCUGGCUUGAUUGUUAAUAAGUUGUUUUUUUUGACAGAAAAGCGAAAGAAUUUCCUUGGGAAAAGAAAGAAUCAAAAGGGUUUUUCAGGGGUUCAAGGUACCUCGUUAUUUUGAAUAAUCUUCACACUUUUACAGUAGUUAUAGAUUAUAAUAAAAGAAAUAAACAUUGAUUUUAAGUGUUGAAUGCUAGUGUAAAGUAACAAAUAUAUAGUUUGUGAGCUUGGAUGUAUGAUGCAACUACUUGAAAAAUGAGAACUUCGUCAUUUAGAGCGAACGGAAGGCCUUUCAUCUGGAAGUGACUUCACUAAAAGAAAGCCCAAACCCGAAAGGGAAGUUUGUUCUUAUUUCUCACAUAGAGUUCAGUUGUGUUAUACAUCCAAGCCUGCAAAUUACCAUUAUUUUCUCAAUCUGAUAACUGCAGGUUGACCAACAUUUGCUGCACGAUAGUGUUCAGUGAAACCUGUCGACACAAUGUAUUUUUGAUAUUAUUUAUUAUGACGGUUUUUAUUUGUAUACAGGACAAGUGCUGAGCGCGAUCCUCUUGUUUUACUCUCAAGAAAGGAGCCUGAGUUAGUAGAUGCACAGUACACUAAAAAUCAAGCGUGGAAAUCUGAUGCUGUAAGUAAACGAGUUGAAGUUCUCCUUGUAUUUCUCAGGUAGGAGUAUCCCUAUCAAUCCGCAGAUUAACAUUACCUACAAAGUGUAAAGCAAUGGUCAAACGAGGAUGAGAGUUGAUGAAAGUAGACAAGCGAGAGUUUGCAUGAAAGUUUUCUCAAUUUGCAUGCCCCGGUCAAACGUGACAAGAGUUGUAUGAGAUUUGAGUAGGCUUGUAUACUAGUUGCAACUCUUAUCUUAUUUGAAUAUACAGGGCGUCUAUUUGAUAAACUACAGACAGUACAGUACCUCAAUUUGCAAGUUAAAGAUAGUAUUUGUAGCGUUUUGUCUUGAGUCAUUGAGAUUUAAGUACAUCAAACAUGAGUGUAUUCUCAAAUUCUAUAGGACACAUUGCAUGCACCAGCUGCCAAAGAAAUUCCUUUACAAGAUCACUGUCCAUACAAGUAAGUAUAUUGACCAAAAACUUGUUACUUUAGUUCAGCCGUUUUCUUUUGUACUUGACCAAAAAAUGAUGUUUCUAGGUAUUUAUUCAAUUUUCGUGGUGUUGCGGCAAGUUUUCGCUACAAACAUCUUUUUCUUUGCGGUUCUGUUGUCUUCCAAGUUGGAGAUGAAUGGCUAGAAUUCUUCUACACCGCUUUGAAACCCUGGGUUCAUUAUGUUCCUGUCAGAACAGAUCUCUCAGACGUGAGGUAUGUUUAUGUGUUUUCUUUGAUUCAUUGAAGUUGUUUAAACAAGUUGACAUCUGAACGAUCUUGUAACAAGCUUGGCGAAUGUCAGUUGACAUGAUUAAAAUUGAUUUGCAGGGAUUUGAUUGAAUUUGCUCGAGCUAAUGAUAAAGUUGUUCACGAAAUUGCUAAAAGGUAACAGUCUAACCCUCUAAAUUGCUUGUCUGACUUUGAAGCUUGUACAGUACAAUGAGCUGAGGCUAACUGUACUAGUUGACCUUGAAAUGAGCUCAUGCGUGACAUUUGGAAGACAACUUGAACCAAACCUCUACUCAGUAGAGAGAAUAAUGAACUCCAAUUUCUUUCAUUAUAACUGACAAAUUUUUGCUAAGAGGUGUAGGUGAAAUUUGAUAGCAAACAUACGUGUACUACAUUUUUAGUUGAUGACCAUGCACAGUACCAUAAUUAUAAAAAACAUUGUACUGAAACGAUUCUGGAUGUAUUAACUAUGAUGUAUUAUUGAACUUUGUAUAAUGAGAAAGUGUUUCGUUCAAUUUCAGAGGUGAAAAGUUUAUUUGGGAUCAUUUACGAAUGGAAGACGUGCAUUCUUACUGGAAACGAUUGCUUAAGAAAUAUGCUGAACUUCUGAAGUGGAAGCCCGAGUUAAACAAAGAUUUUAAGAAGAUUAAGAAAAAGUCGACGUACUAAUCUGUGACACAAACAUUUAGCAAGAACCUUUUAAUGUGAUUUAAUUUAUUGUAGGUAAUCGUAUUAGCACAACGCUUUGGGGCCGGCGUUGUUGCUCGUGCCAAAGGGAGGGGACAGCAAGCAAGAGACUCUUCCUGAAAACUGUUGACAAUUAAUUUAUGACUGUACAAAAUUAACAUAUUUGACGCAACGUUUGAUAUGAAAG